CCGUGACCCCCGUGAGAGUCGUCGAGACUCGAUAGGGGAGAGGAGGGCUCAGGCGGCCAUGGAGAAGUCGCCGCCGGAGACAGCCGCGGCGGCCGCGGAGGUGGCGGCGCGGUUCAGGUCGCUGGUCGACACCGGGGACAUCGGCGCCAUCAGGCAGACGCAGCACCUCAUACUGGGACGGUUGCAAGAUAGCAAUGCAGUUCUCACACAUUUUAACGAGUACUCUGAACAAUGCUUUGCGGAGGUGUCUAAUGACUUUGCUAGUAAAACUCGUCUUCUCAAAUCCAUGAAGGACGAUCUUGACCAUAUUUUCUUGAAGCUGAGAAGCAUGAAAUCGAGGCUAGCGGCAACAUAUCCAGAUGCUUUUCCCGAUGGUGCAAUGGCAAAAACGAUGGACCAAAGACCGGACCUUGAAAGUCCGCUUGAUUAAAACAGCUUAUCAUUUUGACUGAGAUCUCCGGUUGAGUCCUUCUGUACUCAUCUUGAAGAAGAAUGUUUUGUCUGCACUUUUGCCGAAAAUGUAUCUUUGAGAAACGUCUGCUUCUGUUUAUUAAGUUGUGUAACCUUGUAGUCCUAUGUUUUUUAGAUAAUGGAUAAGUUAUAACCUUGUAAAUAACUGUUCUCUCUAGAUCAGCCUCUCUCACACACUUUUGUGUGGUAAAAACUUGUUGGAUCAUAGCUACUGUAUUUCCAUCGAUUUUUUUUUAAAAAUAAUUUUGUUAUGCAACUAAA